UAUAAAAAAAAAGGAAUCAUUUAUUUUAUGCCCGCCAAAAUGUCUUGCAUUGGUCUUACGUAUCGUAUCGUUUACCUAUCUUUUUUCAGAAUUCCUUAAAGUUUUAAAGCGAUUAGAGGUUGAAUAUGGAGGUAGUGCAACAAUAUAUUUAUCUUCGAUGCGUUACAUCUUAACUGCUAAUCCAAAGUUAAUUGAGGGAAUAUUGACAAGCACUGAUCUCCUUGCCAAAGGUUACUCAUAUAACUUCAUCAAGCCCUGGCUCGGUAAUGGUCUUCUGACUUCUGAAGGUUCAAGAUGGAAGGCGCAUCGAAAAUUCCUAACACCGGCAUUCCAUUUCAACAUUUUGCAAAACUUCCUGCCCAUAUUCUGCAAGAAUGGCAAAGUGCUGAGGGAAAAAUUGCGAAAUCUGGCCAACGGGUCACCAAUAAAUGUGUUCCCAAUCAUUGCAUUGGCUGCACUUGAUAAUGUCACAGAAUCCAUAAUGGGGGUAAGCGUCAACGCGCAAGAGGACAGCGAGUCAGAGUUUGUGAAAGCAGUUGAAGUAAUGUCAAGAAUAGCUUCGAUGCGGAUGCGCAAUCCGUUCGUGGCGCCCGACGUGGUGUUCAACUUAUUGCCCUACAAAGCUGACCAGGACAAAGCCUUGGACAUCCUCCACAGCCAAACCAGAAAGGUCAUCAACGCAAGGCGAGAAGAACUGAAAAACUCUGAAAUCACCGACUUGGGGGCUGAUGCAGAAAUUGGAUUAAAAAACAAACACGCAUUUUUGGAUCUAUUGCUAUUAGCAGAAGUUGAUGGUAAAAAACUUAGCGAUGAACAUAUGAGAGAAGAAGUGGACACUUUUAUGUUUGAAGGCCACGACACAACAACAGCCGGUCUGGCUUAUUGUGUUUACUGCCUUUCAAACCAUGAAGACGUUCAAGAAAAGAUUUUUGACGAACAGAAAGCCAUAUUUGGCGAUGAUUUUGAAAGGAAUCCUACAUACAGUGAACUGCAUCAAAUGAAAUAUUUGGAUUUGGUAAUCAAGGAAUCUUUGCGCUUAUUUCCUUCUGUGCCUCUGAUUGGGAGAGAAAUCGAUCGAGAUGUAGGUGAGUUAUAAGUAAUUCCUACUUUGUGGAAAACACAGUAAUAUACUUUUUAUUACGAUGAAAAAACAAAAUCACAUACAGGUAGUGUGAUUAAAAUUUUGUUUU